GAACCAAAAUAAAAUAAAAGAAUACCCACCAAAGAAAAAAAGAGCAAGAUGACAGGUUGUGGUUCACCUUGUGGUGCCUGCAAGUUCUUGAGGAGGAAAUGUGUUAGAUGGUGUAUUUUUGCACCUUAUUUCUGCCAUGAACAAGGUGCAACCCAUUUUGCAGCCAUCCACAAGGUUUUUGGUGCAAGCAAUGUGUCAAAGCUGCUUGCUCACCUCCCUCUCAGUGACCGCUCUGAGGCUGCUCUCACCAUCUCAUAUGAAGCUCAAGCUAGGCUCCAUGACCCUAUUUAUGGCUGUGUUUCUCAUAUCUUUGCUCUCCAACAACAGGUUGUCAAUCUACAGGCACAGCUUGCUUCUCUCAAGGCACAAGCAGCUCAGAGCAUUGCCAAUGGCUCUGUUACUGCAAACCCUAAUGACAAAUAUCAUGGAAAGCUUCAUAAUCUCCAAGAUGUUCAAACUUGGUUUCACCCAAAUGAUUCAAGCAUGGCACCAAAUUUUAACCCAAAUCUUUCUACAAGCUCAUACGGGUUGUCGGAUCGAACCAACUCAUUAGGGAAUUUGGAGAAUUCAGUCAUCUCAUCAGGAUCAGAUGAUUAUGUCUCAUUUAAUACAAAAUUUGAGGAUGCUCCUCGUUCCAUGUCUCCCUUUGACAUGCAAACACACAACAGACAAUGGACAAAUUUCCAGGAUGUGGACGACCUUCAAGCAAUGGCCUUGGGCUAUGCUCAACAUUCAUGACAAUGGAAGGGGUUAAAACCUGGUGAAGGCAUCAUUUCCACCAUGCACUUUUGAAUUGCAUGCUGCACAUUUUCAAACAUAUUUAUAUGCACUUAUUGUUGUUAUAAAUAAAAGCUAGGAAGCCUAAAAAUUAGAAUUAUGUCCAUAGAACCAGGAACCCUAAAAUCUACCCUACUGUUUGCUUUCUAUAUAAUCUAGUGUAACCCUUGAAUAUUGGUAUAU